AUGUCUCAGCCUAGUACACUGUCGCCUGAUACUGAAGUAACUUCUGAUGAGGUCUGUAGCAGGCCCGUCUACCUCAUAGGCUCACAGUUUCUCCAGCAGCAGUCCAAGGGAAAGACAGUUGAGGGCCUUGGACAAGUACAAAUUAGCAUACCACCAACAAAGAGGAUUUGUUAUACCAUUGUUACUAUACAUGCUAAUCCACCGACAACCACAGCACAGCAAGUAUCAACUACCGUACAUCCUCCACCAACCAUAGCACAGCAAGCAAGAACAGCCAAACGUCCUCCAACCACCACAACACAACAAAGAAACAACUACCGUAUAUCCUCUACUAACCACACCACAACAAGUAACAACUACCGUACAUCCUCCACAAACCACAGCACAGCAAGUAACAACUACCGUACAUCCUCUACCAACCACAGCACAGCAAGUAACAACUACCGUACGGCCUCCACCAACCACAGCACAGCAAUCAACAACUACCAUACGUCCUCCACCAACCACAGCACAGCAAGUAACAACUACCGUACAUCCUCCACCAACCACAGCACAGCAAGUAACAACUACCGUACAUCCUCCGCCAACCACAGCACAACAAGUAACAACUUCCGUACAUCCUCCACCAACCACACCACAGCAAGUAACAACUACCGUACAUCCUCCGCCAACCACAGCACAACAAGUAACAACUUCCGUACAUCCUCCACCAAGCACACCACAGCAAGUAACAACUACCGUACAUCCUCCACCAAGCACAGCACAGCAAUUAACAACUACCGUACAUCCUCCACCAACCACAGCACAGCAAGUAACAACUACCGUACAUCCUCCACCAACCACACCACAGCAAGUAACAACUACCGUACAUCCUCCACCAACCACAGCACAGCACGUAGCAACUACCGUACAUCCUCCACCAACCACAGCACAACAAUUAACAACUACCGUACAUCCUCCACCAACCACAGCACAACAAGUAACGACUACCGUACAUCCUCCACCAACCACAGCACAGCAAUUAACAACUACUGUACAUCCUCCACAAACCACAGCACAGCAAGUAACAACUACCGUACGUCCUCCACCAACCACAGCACAGCAAGUAGCAACUACCGUACAUCCUCCACCAACCACAGCACAGCAAGUAACAACUACCAUACGUCCUCCACCAACCACAGCACAGCAAGUAACAACUACCGUACGUCCUCCACCAACCACAGCACAGCAAGUAACAACUACCGUACAUCCUCCACCAACCACACCAAGGUUAGGUAUAUCUAUCACAAUGGAUGA